GACGGGGGCGGGCAGCGGAGCCGCCGCGUCUGCGGGAGCCGCCGCCGCCGCCCCGCCGGGCCGCGCCGGGCAGCGCAGCGGGAGCUCAGCGGGAGCGCAGCGGGAGCGGCCGGAACGCGGAGCGCGGCGGCGGCAGCGGGCCCCGGCGGAGCCGCCGACACCGGCAGAGCCGCGCCCCGGGCCCCGGCAGCGGCCGCCCCGCCCGGCCCCCGGGGGCGCUGGCCCCGGCCCGGCCCGGCCAUGCUCGGGCUGGAUGUGUGCGAGGCCGGCGGGCAGCUGCUGGAGCUGCUCUGGCUGGCGCUAUGCUACCGAGACAUCAUGGCUGACAAGGAGGGGGUGACGCUAUCGCUGGAGGAGGAGGAGGAUGCCGACGUGGCCCUGGCGUACAAGACGCCGGAGAAGAAGAGCCUGCGGGAGAUCCAGGAGCUGGACCCGGGGGACGAGAGCCUGCGGAAGUACAAGCAGGCGCUGCUGGGUACCAUCCCCGUGGCCGUGGAUGCCAGCGUGCCCAAUGUGCAGGUGACGAAGCUCACCCUGAUGUGUGAGCAGGCGCCAGGGCCCAUCACCAUGGACCUGACAGGAGACCUGGAGGUGCUGCGUGGCCGAGCCUUUGUGUUGAAGGAAGGGGUGGACUACAGGGUGAAGGUGUCCUUCAAGGUCAACAGGGAGAUCGUCUGCGGGCUGCGGUGCCUGCACCUCACCUACCGCCGGGGCCGGCCCGUGGACCGCGAUGUCUUCAUGGUGGGCAGCUACGCGCCGCGGGCCGAGGAGUACGAGGUGGUGACGCCGGCGGAGGAGGCGCCGCGGGGCUGGCUGGCGCGGGGCUCCUACCGGGUCCGCUCCCUCGUCACCGACGACGACAAGAUGGAGCAUCUGUCCUGGGAGUGGGGCCUCUGCAUAAGGAAGGCCUGGGAGGACUGAACCCCCCGUCCACACCCCGGUUCCCCCCCCCCGCCAGCUCGGGGACGCGGUGCCUGCCAGCCCUGGGGACCCCGCUCCGGCACCGCCGCUGUGUGGGGUCGGGGGGUCCAUGGGCAGCAGGCGCUCGCGGUCGCGGUCUUCGCAACCAAAGUUCUUUUUAAUUGCUGUUUUUAUUUAACCCCCGGUCCCCAUCGCCGGGGCUGGGCCGCGACCCUGCCGCGGCAGCGCCUGGCCGGAGGCUGCGCUCUUCCAUCGCCAUUAAACCCCACAGACUGGUC